CGGUCCCCACCUAGAAGCAGCUUCUCGGCUUCUUCUGUACCCUCGGUCAGGUUCAGCCAACUGCUUCCACUCCAGCCUCCACUCCGGCCUCCACCAUGUCCAUCAGGGUGACCCAGAAGUCCUACAAGAUGUCCAGCUCCGGCCCCCGGGCCUUCAGCAGCCGCUCCUACACGAGCGGGCCUGGCUCUCGCAUCAGCUCCUCCACCUUCUCCCGGGUGGGCGGCAGCGGCAGCAGCUUCCGGGGUGGCCUGAGCAGCAGCAUGAGUGUGGUCGGGGGCUACGGCGGGGCCGGGGCGCCGGGGGGCAUCACGGCUGUCUCAGUGAACCAGAGCCUGCUGAGCCCCCUGAAGCUGGAGGUGGACCCCAACAUCCAAGCUGUGCGCACCCAGGAGAAGGAGCAGAUCAAGACCCUCAACAACAAGUUCGCCAACUUCAUCGACAAGGUGAGGCACCUGGAGCAGCAGAACAAAAUUCUGGAGACCAAGUGGGGCCUCCUCCAGCAGCAGAAAACUGCCCGGAGCAACAUAGACAACAUGUUCGAGAGCUACAUCAACAACCUCCGGAGGCAGCUGGACACGCUGGGCCAGGAGAAGCUGAAGCUGGAGGUGGAGCUCGGCAACAUGCAGGGGCUGGUGGAAGACUUCAAGAAUAAAUACGAGGAGGAGAUCAAAGAGCGUGCAGACAUGGAGAAUGAAUUCGUCCUCAUCAAGAAGGAUGUGGACGAAGCUUACAUGAACAAGGUAGAGCUGGAGUCCCGCCUGGAGGGGCUGACUGAUGAGAUCAACUUCCUAAGGCAGCUGUACGAAGAGGAGAUCCGUGAGCUGCAGUCCCAGAUCUCGGACACGUCUGUGGUGCUGUCCAUGGACAACAGCCGCUCCCUGGACCUGGAUGGCAUCAUCGCUGAGGUCAAGGCCCAGUACGAGGACAUCGCCAACCGCAGCCGGGCUGAGGCCGAGGCCAUGUACCAGAUCAAGUACGAGGAGCUGCAGACGCUGGCCGGGAAGCAUGGGGAUGACCUCCGUCGCACGAAGACGGAGAUUUCCGAGAUGAACCGGAGCAUCAGCCGACUCCAGGCUGAGAUCGAGGCCCUCAAGAACCAGAGGGCUGCCCUGGAGGCUGCCAUCGCCGAUGCCGAGCAGCGCGGGGAGCUGGCCAUUAAGGACGCCAAUGCCAAGGUGGCCGAGCUGGAGGCCGCCCUGCAGCGAGCCAAGCAGGACAUGGCCCGGCAGCUGCGCGAGUACCAGGAGCUGAUGAACGUCAAGCUGGCCCUGGACAUCGAGAUCGCCACCUACCGCAAGCUGCUGGAGGGCGAGGAGAGCCGGCUGGAGUCUGGGAUGCAGAAUAUGAGUAUCCAUACUAAGACCACCAGCGGCUACUCAGGUGGCCUGAGCUCGGCCUAUGGGGGCCUCACAAGCCCUGGCCUCAACUAUGGCCUGAGCUCCUUCCAGUCCAGCUUUGGCCCUGCUGGUUCCUUCAGCCGCAGCAGCUCCUCCAAGGCUGUGGUCGUGAAGAAGAUCGAGACGCGUGAUGGGAAGCUGGUGUCCGAGUCGUCUGAUGUCCUGUCCAAGUGAACAACCACCGCGUCCCUCCCAGCCUCCCCGCUCUUGUGGCUGCCAUAGAGCCUUUGGGGGAAGGAGCUGUGCAGGGGAGCAUCGGGAACAGGAGACCCAACUUAAGACUCAGCCCCAGUCCUCAGCCUGCCCUGGAGGGGAGUCUACUGCCCUGGGUACCCCCUCUUGUCCAUGCCCCCAACUAGAAGCCAUUUCAAGUGUCUUCUCAAAUAAAGCCUCAGCUGGCCCUGCCAAUCCCA